AUGCCCAAGAAACACCAAAAACGAGUCCUGUUCACCAAGCCACCGUCCAGCAGUCCUCCGGCCCUCUCGCUCUCCAAGUCCCCAGCCCCCAAAGCAGACAAUGAAGGCGCUGCGCGCACCGUCAACGACCUGAUCCGGGAGUCUCGUCGCCAGCAGUUGAACAAUGACUCGAGAAUUGCCACCGUCUCCAACGCCCCCUCCGUCCACCCCUCCGUGAGAGCAGUCCUAGACUUGCCCACGCCGCUCACACCUGCCCCACGACCAGGAUUUGCUCAGCGCGCGGCCGGUGGCGGUCCAGGUCCGACUCGAGUGCGGCGCAUCCCUGGGCCUCCUCCGCCCCAGAGUUGGCUCACUGGAAGCGCCUAUGCGCCUCCCUCUGCUCGCUCGGCGGAUGAUACCACUGAUCCCAACGUCGGAAACGGUCGCUUUCACGUCCGGUCGAGUAAUCUACCGGAAGGGGAAUUUCCCGCUCCCGCCUCCCUCCAGCAUCUCGUGUUGAAAAGCAUUUCAAGGAAUUGGGAAUGGCAUGCAGAGAAUGACCGCGGCUACUUUGACUGUCUGCCCAUUGCGCUCAGGCAACAGCUGCUAAGCUACAUUGCGGUAUACAACGAGGAGGUCACGAGAAAUCCGCUCAGAGUGCUGUUCAUACACGAAACGGACAGGGAGGACCGGGCAGCGGUGACGAGGCUGGACUUAAGUAACGCUCUAGGGGAUUGGACGACUUUGAGACAGCUGGAAAAGGAUCUAUUCGUCAAGAAUGCGAUCGAUACGGCGACAGACGCUCACGCUGCAACAUCGGAUCUGACACCCGAUAGCUGGGACGCAGAUGUGGACGACCAAGUCGUGGCAGAACUUGAAGAGAUCGCUCCACUUCCUAAAACCAUACACACCUUUCAAAAUCUGAAGCACCUGUCGCUCGCCAUCUCUCCAUCCAACGCCAGAGCCGCCUCGUGGUCUUCACUACUUUCCCUGGCUACUGAAUUGAGCACAUUGACCUCUCUUUCGCUCGCAUACUGGCCUCAGCCUACAUUCACACCAAAUGCCGCAUCCACACGGGCGCUCAUCAACCUCACCGGUCCUGGAUCGGCCAGGUAUGCUGGACCGGAUUUCUAUCCCGCUUUCGAUCAUGACUGGCGAGAAGCGGCAGGGAUACUCCGGACGCUGAGUCGAUCACUCUACUGCCUGAAAUGGUUGGAUCUCACAGGCUGCGGGGAUUGGUUUGCUGCACUGGAAUGGCAGCCCUCUAAUCCCGGUCGCUUCUUUUCGCAGAGAGAUUCUCUCAACAAGGGACGGUAUGGUCCUGAAUGGAACAACGGCUGGCGCGGGCUGGAGAGGCUGGUGCUAGGAGUGGGAUGGAGACCGAUUCCUCCUGAAGCGGUUGGACACGGUUCUCCUGCCGAGGACGAGGAUAUGGAGGCUGAGCGCAGACUUUAUCGGUAUAAGCGAGAGCGGGAACGUUUUGACAGGGUUCGAUGCUCGGCGUGGUCUGUUUCGCGGUAUUUGCGGGCUGUCCGCAAGGAGGCCGGGGGGAAGUGGAUUGAGGUCGAAUUCGACAAAGAUCUGGUGACAUCCAUGGUAAGUGAUCACCUGCGAUUGAGACGAUCGUGA